CUACAAAGCAUUCUUUACUAUAUAAACAGAAAAAUGCUCCAAUCCAAACCCACAUCUAAAACAUAUCUCUUCUAGCAAACCAACCAAUCCUUUAAUCAACCGUUGAAUUUGAGCUCACCAAGUUUCCCAAUAUGGAACAAACUCUCUCCUUUGAAAUUGAGCACGAUUUUGUUCAAACCAGCGAAAGAGUGAAAUCAGUCGAUCUGCAUCCAACUGAGCCAUGGGUUCUACUGGGAUUGUAUUCAGGAACUAUUUCUAUUUGGAACUAUCAAACAAAGAUUGAAGAGAAGUCUUUAAAAAUUAGUGAACUUCCAGUUAGAUCAGCAAAGUUUAUUGCCCGAGAAAAUUGGAUUAUUGCAGGGACUGAUGACAAAUACAUUCGUGUGUACAAUUAUGAAAAAAUGGAAAAGAUAACAGAAUUUGAGGGACAUAAAGAUUAUAUUAGGAGUUUGAUUGUUCAUCCUUUUUUGCCAUAUGUGGUGUCAGCUUCUGAUGACCAAGUCUUGAAAUUGUGGAAUUGGAAGGAAGGUUGGUCUUGUAAUCAGACUUUUGAAGGGCACUCACAUUAUGUGAUGCAAGUGGCAUUUAACCCCAAGGAUCCAUCUACUUUUGCUAGUGCAUCCCUUGAUGGCACAUUAAAGAUUUGGACUCUUGAUUCCUCAGCUCCAAAUUUUACCUUUGAUGGACACUUGGAAGGAGUAAAUUGUGUUGAGUUUUUUGAGAGCAAUGACAAACAAUAUCUUUUAAGUGGUUCUGAUGAUUACACUGCCAAGGUAUGGGAUUAUGAUUCUAAAAACUGCAUACAAACACUUGAAGGACACAAAAACAAUGUUACAUCAAUAUGUGUUCAUCCUGAACUUCCAAUAAUAAUAACAACUUCAGAGGAUUCUACCGUUAAAAUAUGGGAUGUUGUCACCUAUAGGCUUCAAACCACUUUGAACUUGGGUCUUGAGAGAGUGUGGAGCAUUGGAUACAAAAAAGGAUCGUCUAAACUUGCUUUUGGUUGUGACAAAGGAUUUAUCAUUGUUACGGUGAACUCUGCCCAAGUGAAACAAGCAAACUAAACUGCACCAUAUGCUUUUGGAAGAAGACUACAUUAAACCUUGUGUUGUAUUAGUAUAUUUUACAUUAAAAAAUAAAAAUGAAUGCUAGUAAUACAUUAGUAUUUAUUAUUGGGUGAAAUUUGUGAGUUCUAUUGAAUAUAUAGUUCUUGCGUUAAUUUGAUGGGAUUCAAAAUAAUUUCACCUAAUAGUAAAAAAAGUAUCUUAAAAAAUGUGUUGUUAUUAUUUCCGUGGCAAUAAUGUAUUUGUUCAAAAAACACGUAGUUAUGUAUUGAAGUUAGAUAUAAAGAAAUCAAUAUUAUUGUACAAUUUUUUUAAGUUCUCCU